ACCACAAAAUCUUCAUUCCUCCUACACCUUCCAAAAAAUGGCUUCCCUUUCUAUCAAAAAAUCUCUACUAACCAUCCUUCUUGCCUGCAUUGUCUUUGCCACGGCUCCCGGGAAUGUGAUGGCUCAGUCUGUGGACAGCAUUGUCACACCCCAAUUCUUUGAUGGCAUCAAGAACAAUGCUCCCGCAACUUGUGCUGGGAAGAGCUUUUACAUCCGGGACGCCUUCCUUAGCGCUCGCAGUUCCUUCCCUAACUUUGGACAACUAGGCCCUGCCGAUGACCACAAGCGCGAGAUCGCUGCUUUCUUUGCCCAAGCCUCACUACGUCCUGUGGUGGGGCAAGGGUUUGGUGCAACGACUCGUGCUAUCAAUGGUCCAGUUGAAUGUGAUGGAAAACGACCUGAUCUGGUUCAGGCCAGGGCUAAGCUCUACACCAGCUACUGUACCCAGCUUGGUGUUUCUCCUGGAACCAAUCUCCAAUGUUAGGCUACCACAUACCUUUGUACCAGAAAAUAGGAAUACUACUUUCUUGAAAUAAUGUUAGAGAGGCUUGUUGUGAGGCCUGAAAUAAAACGAGAUGUUUAAUUAUGAAAAACAUAUUUGAGAUUUCUAAUAAAAUGUUUCAUUAAUG